AUGAGUUACCCGCCAACCUACACUCCCCUCGAGUCCCUACUCCUGUUCCAGUCCAUCCUAUCGCAAGGAAUCGAUACCGCCGCCUUUGCGCGUAUCUCGGAGCAACUACGGAAUAAUGGCCUGGUGAAGGGGGAUCACAAAUACGACCCGACGCGCCUGAGUCCCGAGGCUCUGCAGCAGUUCUUCUUCCGUCUGUUCCAGGAGGAGUUGAAGGGCGAAACCACCACGCCUGCUGGUGAUGGGUCGACGUCACCGAAUUCUAAGAAACGCAAGAUCGCGAGCCCACCUCUACCGUCCUUGAAAGAAGUCUACGAAAAUAUCGACAAAAUCCCAGUGCUCGUCAAUCGGCUUUACUCGAGAUAUCGAGACAACAUCGUACAGCAGAUUCGCGAAGACGAGGUCCGAUAUGAUACCGUGCAAAAUGAGAUACACAUCAUCGAGAAGAGCGAAAACGCGAGGUUGGCGAGAUUGGCUACCCAGAAUGGAACGCCUACUCAGUCGUCGCGUGAGGUCAAGCCUUCUGUUGCGCGCCUAACUCCGGCCUCGUUACCAACUCCUGCCGCAGUAGCUGCUGCCAACAAGAGGCCGACUUCGACAACACCCAUUGUCCCUCCAAGGCUGCCUACCACGCCAGCAAUUGCGCCUCCAAGCCAUCUAACACCAGGGACAACCCCAGCCCGACCGGCCCCCUCUGCAACUCAACCCACGGCGACACCUAGCUCUGUGCUUCAGGCUCCCGUCGGUGUUCCCCAGCAGCCUGCGCGGGUGCUGCAAGCACCAGCACAACCUCCAAAGGUUCCCAUCUCUCCUCGCCCCGAGACCAUCACCCAAGUCAAGGCCACUCCUUCUACCCCCCAGCCGCCAACUACCCCAAGUCAGAGUACCCUGAAGUGGGAGAAGCCGUAUCAACCACCCCAGGUUACGCAAACACCACCUCCUCGACAGACGGUCUCCCCAGCUCCCAAACCUACUACCCCUCAUCUACCACCGCAGCAGAAGCAUGUACCAACGCAAGCCCCUUGGCAAGGUCAUCAAACGCCAUAUUCUCAGCAACAACCACAUGUUCAAACACCAGUUCCGGCUCCUACGCCGCCUACCGCCCAGACCCCAACCAAACCUGUAUUGGCUCCACCUCAAACUGCCGCACAAUCUAUCCCACAACUACAACAAGGACCGCCCAGGCCAGCUGGAACUGCGCCCUCAGCGCAGCCUAGACAGCCUGUCAAAACCCCCGUACCCCCUCCUCAACACCGUCCUGUGCAGCCCCAACCGGCUCAACCAGCCCAGCAACCGCGCCCUAUUGCAGCGUCCCCUAUACCAGCAACCAGCACUCCCGCGCCAACUCAACCCCCUCCUCAGGUUCCUUCUCAAAGAUGGCCUCCUGGCCAUGCGCAGCACGGCCUGUCAGUCCAGACUACACCUGCCGUUCCCUCCACAUCACCUGCUCCGGCUGCUUCACAUCAAGACAAGCCAUAUGCCUCACCAUAUGCCACACACCCUCCUAGGCCAGCCAUUCCUGAGCAUAUGAUUCGCCAUGCCGCAGCAGGUACUCCCCUAGCUACAAGACGGACAAGCGUUCUUCCCCCUCAACCACAGACUCCUAUCCAGAAUACGCCUAUGACCGUUCUGCGUGGAAUUGGUACUAAAUGGGCAGCACACCCAUCACCAUCAACUCCUGGCGCUAUGAUUGGGGAACCGCAGAGUCCGGCGUAUGAGCCCAUGAGUCCGCCUCUGCGUGCUGCGGCUUUGCCUCGCCCGACUCCCAAAUCUGGGCCAAAGAAACAGGCCAUCAAGCCUGCUGUCGACACCCCAAGCGGGAAGCCUGUGCGCGGCCGACCACCUCGCCAAAGCCAAAAGCAACGGGGCACAAGCUCAACUCCUUCGGCCGAAGCUAGCAGACGUAGCCAGUCUGUUGCAUCUCAAAAUGACGAUGUAUCGACUGAUAUGGGCAAUGCAGCAUCGACAACGAAGGUGAAGCACGAGGACGCAACACCACGACCACAUGAGGAGACUGGUGAUACGACUGCCGAUGAGAGUGUCGCUGGGCGAGGCAACCUGAGCACUCCCAAGGCUUCAUCCCGAAAUCUGAAACGAAAGAGGAAUGAGUCGCCCUCAAAUCCUACUACGCCAGCGCUCCCUGCUCAGGUUCUCUGGACGCGAGGUUUCACAAAGGUCUCAUCUUCAGCACUGGACCAAAUUUCAAGCCACCGCGAUGCCAACAUGUUCGCCACCGCCUUGAGGGAGAGAGAUGCCCCCAACUACCGCCAGAUUGUUCUGCAGCCUCAGGAUAUAACAUCUAUAAGGUCAGCAAUCAAGCAGGGAAACAAGGCUGCCGUCGCGGCCGCCAAUAGUCUCCCCGGUGGCGACCCGGGGACCGCGAGUGUCUACCUGCCCUACUCGGAGGACAUUGUGCCGCCAAAGGGAAUCAUCAACAGCGCGCAGCUAGAGCGUGAGCUGGUCCACAUGUUUUGCAACGCCAUCAUGUACAAUCCAGACCCGGAUCGUGGUCCUGGCUCGACGUUUAUGAAACGUUCGCAGGAGGACGAGGAAGAGGUCUUUGGCUACCGGCUUGACGAGAACGGCAUUGUGCGUAACACCCAGAGCAUGUUUCUCGAGGUCGAGAAGCUGCUCGGUGACCUGCGCAGCGCCGAGAAGGACCGCACGGCUCCCCCGUUGUCGACGCCUCGGCCGGCUAGUGUCGCUACCCCCGCCGAAGACACGGCCGAGGACGAAGAAGAAGCUGGGGAGGGAACAGCCAAACGCCGGCGUGUCAGAGCCUGA